AUGGCGAUCACCGUCGGCUUGGGCCACUCGACGCUCCCCCUCGCGAGAACGCGCUGCGGCGCGCCGCCGCAUGACCCCUGCUCAUGUCUUACCGGCGAGCCACGCCGCAUCCGCCCCUGCCGCGCGAACUUGGCCACGCCGCCGGCUCCCCUCGACGACGACGAGCCCCGCAAGAGCCCGCUCGAUCUAGCCCUGAUACUUGCUUCUAUCGCCGCGGCGGCAGCGGCCGCCAGCCCGCAUGCCGCGCUCGCCGCGUCCGGUGGGGCCAUGGGAGGGCGCUCCUACUCGUCGUCCUCGCGCUCCUCCUCCUCCCCGGCAUCCUCACACUCUUCUUCCUCCUCGUCAUGGUCGAGUCCCUCCUCAUCGUCCUCCACCUCGUCAUCGUCGACGUCGUGGCCCACCUCCUCGCCGGAGCAGCAGACGGAGACGACUUACGUAUCAGUCGGCACGGCGCAGCCGCCUCCGGUGGCUACGCCCGCCGAGAGCGACGCGGCGAUGCGGUUCGGGACCCGUCUAGCUUGUGCUUCCGUCAGCGCCGUUGCCCUGUUUCUCGCCGUGCGGCGCUACACCCGGCCGAGGGCGACCGUCAUCAAACUCCAGGUUGCAUUGCUGGGUUUGGCAAAGUCAUUCCAAAAAGAUCUGAACGAGAUUGCAGAGAAGGUGGAGGCUUCUAAUCAACGAUGGUAUAAGUUCAUAUUGACAGAGACCUUAUGUUCCCUGCGCCGUCACAACAAUUGCUGUAUAUCUUCAAGUUUAUCAGUUGAUGUGAAAUCUAGAGUUGACUCUUGGGAGCAGCAUUUUGAUAAAAUUUCUAUUGAGGAACGGAGUAAAUUUGAUGAAGAAACUCUCUACAACUUGGAAGGAAUCAAGAGAGAGAAAACUUACUCCAGAAAACCUGAUGGCUUCAGAAACGAAUACAUUGUGUUAACCAUACUGGUUGCUGCCGUUGGAGCACUAAAAUUCCCCGAAGUCAGAAACUAUGCAGAUCUGGAAGCAGUUGUGGAAAAGCUCAACUCUAUAUCCGCAAGACAAAUUCAGGGCAUUCAAGUUUUAUGGACUCCCCAAGAUGAGCACGACGUUCUUUUUGGAAGAGAAGCUACUAGAAGACUAUCCUUAUCUGAAGCCCUUGUGUGA